ACGUUGUGCUGUAGACUUGUGGGGGCGUUGCUAAGCGACCGUUAGCAAGCUGCUAUAAACGAAGCUAGAAGAAGAAGAUAAGGAGCAAAUCAAGCUGCGAAAAAUGACUACUUUUGAAGACAGAAACUCAGUAAUUAGGUUAAUUAGCCUGUAGCCUUUUUAAUAAACACCAUGUAGAGCAGCUACAGUCUGGACUCUGCGUGUGAAAGAACUAUAAGAGGACAUGAUGUCAACACAGGAAGAACAACAACAACAAGUGAACAUCUGCAAAGUGCUCAGUUAUCUUCGAGACUGGGACCGCGGUGACAGGACGGUCCGCGGCCGCAUGUUGAAAACCUUCCUCACUAGAAACACAGGGAAGACGUUUUAUGAGCUGGAGCUGGAGUUUGCUCAGGUGGCCAGUCUCUUCCUGGCAAGACUCACCACCUGGAUGAGACUCACAUACAUGUUUAAUACAUCCUUGGGACUGCAGCUCAAAGCAAUAGGGAUUUUCCUCUCUGCAUCAAGCCAUGAUCAGUACCUGAUGGAGUUCCUGGAGGACGGAGGUGUCCUCACCCUCCUGGACAUCUUGAGCCACUCUCAGUGCACAGAGGAGGAGAAGACCGAGGCCCUCCGUCUGCUGCUCACCGUCUCAAACGCUGGUCGCAAGUACAAAGAGAUUAUCUGUGAAAGCCAUGGUGUGAAAGCCGUAGCAGAGUGCCUGGCUAAGUCAAACACAGAUGAAACCCAGGAGACAGCGUCCUGGGCCGUCCUGGAGUCCCUCUCCCACGGAAACCCCAAAUAUCAAAAGCAAAUCUACAAAAGUCUGAUUGCUCUCAUGACGUGUUCCUCCCCUAAGGCCCAGCAGCUGGUCCUGCACACCUUGCACACUGUGCAGUCCAAAAUGAAAACAGCCCAUCACAGCAUAGUAGAACCUCUGCUGAACAUGCUCAGCUCCCUUCACCUGGAGGUUCAGGAUGGAGCUAUAAAUCUGAUCUUAGACCUGAGGAGUUAUGAUGUGAGGCCACUGCUGCUCAAUGGACUGGUGGCUCUGCUGAGGCCUACUAAAGAAGAAGUGCAGCAGCACAUGAAUAUCGAAGUGUCAUCAGAGUCUGAGAUGAUCAAUAUGACUGGAUCUCUGCCUGUGUUUGUGCAACAAGCUGCUGCAGCUAAAACUAUACGGUUGCUGGCUGUAGACAGUCAAGAGGUUUCUCGUGAGCUUCUCUCUCUCGGAGUGAUCCAACAUCUUCUGUACGCUAUGGGCAACAGAGAGCACACUGAUGCCCAAAUACAAGCCAGUCUGGCCUUGGAGCACUUCGUCCACUCAUACUCGGUUAUUGAGGAACAUUUGGAGAGAGGCAUCGGCAGCACACUGUUUGCAGCCUUUAUGCACCAAGCUGACACUUUGUACAUGAAUAUGGAUGAAACACAAGCAGAAAUCCUGCUAACUAACAAGGUUAACAUAACUGAAGUUUGAGAUGGGGACAACUCUGAAGGCUGACAAGGACAAAUCAUUUUAAUGAUGCAAAUAAAUUUACUGUUAAUUUUUUUUAAAUCUCAGAUUUGUUGUUUACCUUUAUCAUUAGUGUAAUUAUUUUUUCUUUAGAAAAGGUGAUCAAUUUUGACUUUACAUUAAGUUAUUUCAUAGAAAAAAAUCACUCUGUUAUUGUCUAUGCACAGUUUUAAUACAGUUUUACACCAUA